AUGCCAUCAGUCACAUACAUGAACAACUCAGCUCCCUUUUGGGACUUCGUCGCCGGUCUUGAACAGCAAGGCUCGCAGCACCCAUUCUUCGCACAGAACCGUAACGAUGGUGACGAGGAUGAUCGCGAAAACGAGCGCGAGACGCCACAUCAAGGUCCCCAGGAUCCCUUUGCACCGUUCAGAUGGGGUCACUUCUUUGGUGGCGAAAGGGGAAUGCCUCACCGAGGAGGGCCUCCUCAUGGUCGCCCCGAACAUCGUCAUGAGAGAGCCACCGGCGAGACAAACCAAGAACGCAACGAACAACCUGAAGCCGAAAAGGAUGCUACGAUGAACACCGAGUACGACAACGGUGAAGGACCAUCGGGCAACUCUGGGUCUGACAACGACGCUCACAACGGUGGCCGACCACAUGGUCGCUGGGGUGGAGGACGUCGAGGACGCUGUGCCCAGGGCGGCCCUGGAGGCUCUGGCCCACACCACCACUCUCAUCCCUACGGAGGACCACCUCGCCAUGGACCACACCACCGCGGCCAUCGUGGAGGCUGGGGGCCAUGGGCACGCGGAGGACCCUUCGGAGGCAUGGGCGGCGGACCUUUUGGUGCCGGUGAUAACGCCUGGAACUCCUUCGACCCCUCCGCCCUCGCUGCCCAGCUGUUCAACCAGUUCACUGACAGCCACCCUUCCAACACCGCUAACGCUACCAAGCCUAACGAGGCCGAAGACUACACGCCUGACGCUGAUGUCUUUGACACCGAGUCUGCCUACGUCGUUCACGUAUCGCUGCCCGGUGCCAAGAAGGAAGACGUUGGUGUGAACUGGGAUGCUGAGAAGAGCGAGCUUAGCAUCGCUGGUGUGAUAUACCGCCCUGGCGAUGAAGAGUUCUUGAAGACAUUGGCCUUGAACGAGCGUAAGGUCGGAGUUUUCGAGAGGAAGAUUCGCCUCGGGACGAGGGCCAACCCUGCCAGUGUUGACGCCGACGGUAUCACGGCGAAGCUGGAGGACGGUGUGCUCAGAGUCGAGGUCCCAAAGCUGGACUCCGGGUACGUUGAGAUCCGCAAGGUGGAUAUUGAGUAG